AUGUCGCUCAGUCUAGAAGACAUGGAUGACACAACGGCCAUCCGACAGGAGGAGAUGGUUGAUGGGCUGUGCUACAUCACCCGCAUGCCAGGAGCCAUUAUCACAGAAGAAACGUUUGAGGCAGCCAUUCAGUUUUACAGGAUGAAGGGCGAUACCCUCCACGCGCUGCUUGAAGACGUGACCUGCUUGCAUGCCCCCCAAGUGGCUCUCAGCUUCUACAAAAACAAGAGCAUCAAGGACGACUAUACCAAGAGCAUGCACUGCUUCACCGCCUGCCUUACCGAUGACUGGUAUAAAAAGGCAGGCAACACGGUUCUAUACAUCCCAAUGGAAGCCUUGCAAUGCACUCCUACGGAAGCCUGCAAGGACAAAAAGCUCGUGCAGAGGAUGGAGAUUAUGAUGAUCCACUGGAUGGAUCAGAUCAAGGAGCUCCUAAACACCCAGCAAAUAAUGGAAAAUAGGGACAACUAUGGCCCACUGCAGGAGAUAACCUUCUGGAAGAGUCGCUUCACCCAGUUGUCCGAGAUCAGCAAACAGCUGCAAAAACCAGAAGUCAAACACAUCCUGGACAUCGUACUACUGAGCAAGUCUUUGUAUGUUCAGGAGUUUUGCCAGCUUGCCACGGAAAUACAGGAGAGCUCCCUGCAGGCUCAGUCAAACAAGACCUUCCUGUCCAUCCUGAAGGAGCCCUGUGAGGAGCUUUUCCAGCUCAAGCCCAGACAAAUCGUUUCAAAGCUGCAACACAUUGUCAGUCUCAUUCGUAUCAUCUGGAUCAACUCCCCCCACUAUAACGACACCGAGAGCAUCGCUAGGCUCCUCUGCCAGAUGAGUAACGAGAUCAUCCAUCUGUGCACUCAAAGCCUCUCCCUGGACAAGAUUUUCGAUUGCUAUUUGUCUUCCAGCAAGCAGGACCUGCAGGACUGUAUCCACUGCUGCGUGUCCUGGAAGGAGACUUACCUGCAUGUCUCACAGCUUCAUCACAAGAACUUGCAGUUUGAGGAUGACCAGACGGCUCACCAGCAGAGCUGUCUUCUAAUCUUGUGCUCGGUGCACCAGGACAUACUUAACAUUGUCACCGACAUCCACAGCAUCUUUGUUGAUGAUGGAACUGCGGUCCAGGAGCAUUGGGCCACCUAUACAGAGAAGGUGAACCGCAUGGUAGAGGAAGGGUUUCUCUCUAAUAUCAGCAACUCUAUGAAGAAGCUUUCCGGAGUCAUCAACUGUGAAAACAAGAUCUUGCCCAACCCGUUGUUUAAAGUCCUUGUAGUUCUACAGCAGACAUCUGCUCAAGGUCCACCCAAGGUGGAGUUCUCCCCGUCUCUGAGCAAGCUUGCUCAGAUCGUCAACAUCUUGCCUCAGCUCAUCAGCGUCAUCUCAGAAUUUAAGCAAAUUCCUGACCUUUUCAAAAGCAAUGAGUCUCAGGCGAAUCCCAUAUAUGUGAACAUAGAGCAAGACGAGGGGAUUAAAAAGAUCCAGGCUGCCAUUACCGCAGGGAUGUCAGCCAAUGCCAGCCACCUGCAGGCUUACUUGAAGAGCUGGGACAAAUACAGGGCCAUCUGGGAGAUGAACAAGGACUUCUUUAUACAGCGCUAUAAGAGAAAGAACCAUCCAGUGUCGUCUUUUGAUGCAGACAUUCAAAGGUACACAGAGAACGCCAACAACAUUCAACAGGAAGAAACCAUUGUCAACAUCCAGUUUGUUACGUUGGACUGUUCACCACUCAAGUCGUCACUGGUGCAACAUUGUAACGAGUGGCAAACCAAGUUUACAGAACUUCUUCUUGAGGUGGCCACAAUCCGCCUACAAGAACUUUAUGGCUCCAUGCAAGACAAUGCUAACAGGUUGAGACAAUCUCCGCAGACCCUGGCUGAUCUUGGCGACAGCUUAAAGCUUUUGGAGACUUUCCAGGGCAGUUUGACAAAGACAGAAACUCAGAUUUCUCUGAUCCAUGAGCAAUUUACAAUUCUUGACAAAUAUGAGGUCUAUGUGGAAAAGUCUGUGCAGGCGAUGCAUGAGGGGCUGAACGAGGAGUGGGUUGGUUUUCAGCAGGUGCUGAUCAACAGUGACAUCUUGUUGCAGAAGCACAAAGAAAAGUUCAAGAACAAUCUUGUCCUCUCGUAUGAGGACUUCAAGAAGAAGAUUGAAGCUACUGUGGAUGACUUCAAUGCCAGAGGUCCAUUUCAGAGUGCGCUAAGCACUGACUCUGCCUUGAACAAAAUAGCAGAGCAUCGCACCCAACUGGAGACUCUUAAAGACGAGCAAAACGCCAUUUUUGAUGGACUGGCCUUCUACAAGAUCAAUCAGCCCCCCUCCAAAAUAAUCCAGAUGCUGGAGAAGGACAUAGAUCAGCUGCAAAGUGUUUGGGAAAUCACUGUGGACUGGGACUCCAAAUGGAACGACUGGAAGGUCGUUCAGCUUGCUAAACUGCAGACGGAAACCAUGGAAAGCACAGCACAGGAGAUGUUCAAAAAGCUCCACAUCCUCCAGAGAGAGCUCAAGGGUAAAGAGUGGGACGUUGUGGAUUUCUCCAAGAUGAAGAUUGAACAUUUCAAGCACAUCAUUCCUCUCAUUACUGAUCUGAGGAAUCCAGCCAUGAGAGACAGACACUGGAAGCAGCUCUGUGAAGAGCUGCAGUGCUCAUUUGACCACAACAGUCCUGACUUCACCCUAGAGAUGAUCAUCUCUCUGGGUCUAGACCGGUAUACCAACAAGAUCUGCGAGAUCUCUGGAGCUGCCAGCAAAGAGCUCCUAAUAGAACAGAUGAUCAUCACUGCUAGUCAGAUCAAAUGGACCUCUGAUGUGACCAGUGCACUCGUCAGCAAGGAGAACGAUAGCAAGUCUUCUCUAAAGUCACUGAAGAAAAAGCAGGUUUCCAUUCUCCAGAUCUAUUCAGAGAUGAUUCGUAAUAACCUGCCCAAAGUCCUGCGUCUAAAGAUCGUAGCUCUGGUCACGGUGGAGGUUCACGCUCGGGACGUUAUUGAAAAACUGCUCAAGGUCGGCUGCAAUGACGUCAACGCAUUUGAGUGGCUCUGCCAGCUGCGACAUUACUAUGAGAACAAGGAAAUGAACUGUUUCAUCCGCCAGACAAACACACAGUUUAAUUACGGCUACGAGUACCUGGGCAACUCUGGACGGCUGGUCAUCACUCCACUUACCGACAGGUGUUACAUGACCCUGACCACAGCGCUCCAUCUGCAUCGGGGGGGCUCUCCUAAAGGCCCCGCUGGUACAGGGAAGACAGAGACAGUUAAAGAUUUAGGCAAAGCUCUGGGCAUGUACGUCAUUGUUGUCAACUGCUCUGAAGGACUUGAUUACAAAUCAAUGGGACGCAUGUUCGCAGGCCUGGCUCAGACGGGAGCCUGGGGAUGCUUUGAUGAGUUCAACCGUAUCAACAUCGAGGUGUUGUCCGUGGUUGCACAGCAGAUCCUCUCCAUCCUGUCUUCGCUUUCAGCUGGGCAGUCUCAGUUCAUUUUCGAAGGACACAACAUCAGGCUGGUUCCAUCAUGUGGUGUCUUUAUCACCAUGAAUCCUGGGUACGCUGGUCGCACUGAGCUCCCUGACAACCUCAAGUCCAUGUUCAGACCCAUCUCCAUGGUGGUUCCAGACUCUACCCUGAUCGCUGAGAUCCUGCUCUUUGGAGAGGGCUUUGACGACUGCAAGCUUUUGGCUAAGAAGGUGUUCACGCUGUACUCUCUGGCAGUGCAACAGUUGUCCAAACAGGACCAUUACGACUUUGGUCUUCGUGCUCUCACCUCUCUGCUCCGCUAUGCUGGAAAGAAGCGCCGCGCUUCCCCCGGCUUUCCUGAUAAAGAAGUUCUUUUGAUGGCCAUGAAAGACAUGAAUAUUGCUAAACUGACCUCUGCUGACCUUCCACUGUUCAAUGGGAUCAUCCAGGACUUGUUCCCUGCUGUGGAGACAUCUGCUACGGACUAUGACAAGUUAAAGGAGGCCGUAGAGGUGGAGCUUCAGCGAAGCAGUUUGCAGGUGACUCCCUUCACCAUGACCAAAGUCAUCCAGCUUUACAAGACCAAAAACUCUCGACACUCUUCCAUGCUGGUUGGUAAAACAGGCAGCGCUAAGAGCGUGACCUGGAGGACUCUGCAGAACGCCCUCACUACUCUCCAUGAUAAAGGAGAACCUGGCUUUCAGCAGGUUCAGGUGUUCCCUCUGAACCCGAAGUCAAUGAGUCUUGGGGAGCUGUAUGGAGAAAAUGACCUUUCUACAAACGAGUGGACCGAUGGAGUGCUGUCCUCACUCAUGAGAUCAGCCUGUGCAGAUGAGAAACCCGAUGAAAAGUGGAUUGUGUUUGAUGGGCCUGUUGACACUCUGUGGAUUGAGAGCAUGAACUCUGUUAUGGACGACAACAAGGUGCUAACGCUCAUAAACGGAGAGAGAAUCUCAAUGCCCGAGCAGGUGUCUCUUCUGUUUGAAGUGGAAAACCUGGCGAUGGCCUCUCCAGCUACAGUGUCUCGCUGCGGGAUGGUCUACAAUGAUUAUGUCGAUCUUGGAUGGAGGCCCUUUGUUCAGUCCUGGCUGGAGAAAAGACACAAAGCUGAAGUGGAGCACUUAAAGAUUUUCUUUGAGAAAUAUCUAGAGAGCACAUUAAACUUUAAGAGGACCAACUGUAAGGAGCUGAUUCCCACCACUGAACUCAACGGUGUCACUUCGCUUUGCCGCCUCUACGACUCCCUGGCUACACCCAGCAGUGGGGUAAACCCCUCUGACAAAGAAAACUUGGGUAGGGUAGUGGAGCUGUGGUUCGUCUUCAGCCUCAUCUGGUCCAUCUGUGCCUCUGUUGACGAGGACGGACGUGGGAAGAUGGACAACUUCCUACGAGAGAUGGAGGGCACAUUCCCUGUCAAGGAAACAGUUUACGAGUAUUAUGUGGACCCUAAGAAUCAUACUUGGAUUUCCUUUGAAGAUCAGCUGCCAAAAGGUUGGCGCUACAACGCUGCAGCUCCAUUCUAUAAGAUUAUGGUUCCUACAGUGGACACAGUUCGCUAUAACUUGUUGGUUAAAGCUCUGGUGAUGAGUCAGUACCCGGUGUUGCUCACUGGACCAGUGGGAACUGGCAAAACCUCUCUGGCACAGAGUGUCCUGCAAGAGCUGGAUAACAAGUGGGCUGCCCUCACUAUCAACAUGUCUUCACAGACCACCUCCAAUAACAUCCAGGCCAUCAUAGAGAGCCGGACAGAAAAGAGAACCAAAGGCGUGUUCGUACCAGCCGGUGGGAAGAAGAUGGUGUGUUUCCUGGACGACCUCAACAUGCCAGCCCUCGACUUGUUCGGGUCCCAGCCGCCACUGGAGCUGCUUCGCUUCUGGAUCGACUACGGCUUCUGGUACGACCACCAGAAACGGACCCUAAAGUUAGUCAAGGACAUGUUCCUGCUGGCAUCUAUGGGGCCCCCUGGUGGAGGGAGGACUCAGAUCUCAGCUCGCUUUCAAAGUGGAUUUAACCUCAUCAACAUGACCUUUCCUAAUGAGUCGCAAAUCAAGAGCAUCUACAGCACCAUGAUCACCCAAAGGCUGCAGGGCUUUAAGGAGGAAGUGAAGCCUGCUGGAGAGAUUGUGACUCAGGCCACUUUAGAUCUGUAUAACGCUGUCACGACAUCCUUUCUCCCCACGCCAGCCAAGAUACACUACCUCUUCAACCUCAGAGAUAUCUCCAAGGUUUUCCAGGGAUUGCUAAGGGCUCACCCAGACUUUCAAGAAACCCAAAACGGCAUCAUAAGACUGUGGAUCCAUGAGUGUUUUAGAGUUUUCUCAGAUCGGCUUGUAAACGAAAGUGACAUGAACACCUUUGUUGCUCUUCUGGAAGAAAGACUGACCUCCCUGUUCAACCUUACUUUCCACAGUCUUUGUCCGAACAAACAACCACCAAUAUUUGGUGACUUCUUAAACAACUCUUCAGGCUAUGAGGACAUACUGGACGUGAAAGUGCUGAAGAAGUUCAUGGAAACACAGCUGGAAGAUUAUAACCUGACACCUGGAGUGGUGCCCAUGAGCCUCGUGCUCUUUCAAGACGCCAUCGAACACAUAACACGUGUUGUACGUGUGAUCAGUCAGCUCCGAGGCAACAUGCUUCUCAUCGGUAUCGGAGGCUCCGGGAGACAGAGUCUGUCUAAGAUGGCUGCCUUCGUCUGUGAAUAUCAGGUGUUCCAGGUGGAAGUGUCCAAACAGUACCGCAAACAGGAGUUCAGAGAAGACAUCAAGAAGCUUUAUCGUUUAACCGGCGUAGACAACAAGCCCACAGUUUUCUUGUUCAAUGACACCCAGAUCGUAGACGAAUCCUUCCUGGAAGACAUCAACAACAUCCUGAGCUCUGGAGAAGUGCCCAACCUUUACAAGCAGGAUGAGUUCGCUGAGGUGUGCAACACUCUGUCUGAGUUUGCCCGGAAAGACAACGUACUGGAGACUCCCGACUCGCUGUUCAGCUACCUGAUCGAGCGAGUCCGGAACAACCUGCACAUUGUGCUCUGCAUGAGCCCCGUGGGAGAACCCUUCAGGAACCGCAUCCUUCAGUACCCGGCAAUCGUCAACUGCACCACCAUCGACUGGUUUUGCGAAUGGCCCAAAGACGCCCUGCUGGAGGUGGCUGAGAGGUAUUUAGACGGACUGGACCUGGGCUCAUUAAAGGGGAUCCAUAGAAAAGUGGCGAGCAUCUUUGUGACCACGCACCAGUCAGUGGCCCAGGUCUCUGAGAGCAUGAAGUCGCAGCUGAAGAGAUAUAAUUAUGUAACGCCCACCAACUACUUGGAACUGGUGUCUGGAUACAAGAAACUGCUGGCAGAGAAACGCAACGAGUUGGGAGAGCAGGUGACCAAGCUGCGAAACGGCCUCUUUAAAAUCAGCGACACUCGCGAGAAAGUGGAGGCCAUGACCGUGGAGCUCGAGGAGGCCAAGAAGCAGGUGGACGAGUUCCAGAAACAGUGCGAUCAAUACUUGGCUGUCAUGCUGCAACAAAAGAACGAGGCUAGCGAGCAGCAGAAGGUCGUCAGUAGAAAUCGUGAGAAAAUCAGUGCAGAGGAGCUGCAGUGCAAAGCCAUGGCGGAGACUGCACAGAGAGAUCUGGACAAGGCUUUGCCUGCCCUGGAGGAGGCUAUGAAGGCUCUGGAGUCCUUGAAUAAGAAGGACAUGACGGAGAUCAAGUCGUAUGGUCGCCCUCCAGUGCUGGUGGAGACGGUGAUGAAUGCUGUCAUGACUCUUCUUGGCAAAGAACCUACUUGGGCCGAAGCCAAGAGACAGCUCGGUGAGGCCAACUUCAUCAAAACUUUGGUCAAUUUUGACAAGGAUAAUAUGUCAGACCGUGUUUUAAAGAAAAUCAACCAGUUCUGCCGACAAGCGGAUUUUCAGCCAGAGAUUAUUGGCAAAGUGUCGCUUGCUGCCAAGUCCCUCUGCAUGUGGGUCAAAGCCAUGGAGGUAUAUGGCCGAAUUUACAGAGAUGUGGAGCCAAAGCGAGCGCAACUAACAGCUGCAUUGAGCCAGUUAACAAAUAAACAGACUGCGCUGGCUAAGGAAGAAAAUAAACUACAUGAGGUGGGGGAAAAACUGGAUCAGCUGCAGAAGCAAUAUGCCGAGAAAGCGGCCAUGAAGGACAGUUUAAAAAAGAAAUCGGAUGAGAUGGAGAUGAAACUGGACCGAGCAGAUAAACUGGUGAUGGGACUCGCUGGGGAGCGCAUUCGCUGGGAGGAGAGAGUUACUGGUCUUGAGGAAAACAUGGGAUACCUUGUGGGAGACUGUUUGCUAGCAGCGUCCUUCCUGUCCUACAUGGGACCCUUCCUGUCUAAUUACAGAGAUGAGCUGCUUGCCGUCUGGAAGCAGAAGGUUGUGGAUGUUGAAAUCCCAUGCACACCAGGCUUCAGUUUUGCUGUUUUUCUGUCCAAACCUACAACGGUGAGAGACUGGAAUAUUCAAGGUUUGCCCUCUGACGCCUUUUCUACUGAGAACGGGGUGAUCAUCACCCGUGGAAACAGGUGGCCACUGAUAGUGGACCCUCAGGGUCAAGCUCUGAAAUGGAUCCAAAAUAUGGAAAUGGAAAACGGUCUAAAGCUAAUCGACUUUCAAAUGCCAGACUACCUGCGGGUGCUAGAAAACGCCAUCCAGUUUGGGAAACCUGUUGUGCUGCAGAACGUCCAGGAGAAUUUGGACCCGUCUCUCAACCCCGUUUUCAACAAGUCCCUGACUCAGAUAGGCGGCAGGUUGUUGUUGAAGCUGGGCGAUAAGGAGGUGGAAUACAACCCAGAGUUCAGGUUCUACGUCACCACCAAGUUAUCAAACCCUCAUUACACACCAGAGAUCUCCUCGGUGACAACCAUAGUCAACUUUGCUGUCAAGGAGCAGGGUCUGGAAGCCCAGCUGCUGGGAAUUGUGGUACGUAAGGAGCGUCCGGAACUGGAACAACAGAAGGACACACUGGUCAUCAGGAUUGCUGAUGGCAAGAAACGCCUCCAGGAUCUGGAGGAUGAGAUUCUCAGGUACACGUGUCAGGGUCUGUUUGAGGCUCACAAGCUUCUGUUCAGCUUCCAGAUGUGUGUCAAAUUCCUGGAGGUGACCGGAAACCUGAACGAGAGCGAGUACAACUUCCUACUUCGAAAAGGACUCGUUCUUGAUAAAAAUGAUCGGAUGGAUAAUCCGUGUGCCGACUGGUUGUCGGACUCCAGCUGGGACGACAUCACAGAGCUGGAAAAGCUGCCCAACUUUUACGGCAUUGCGUCGUCCUUUGAACAGUACCGUCGAGACUGGAACCUCUGGUUCACCAACUCUGAGCCAGAGAAGGCCCCACUGCCAGAUUAUUGGGUGAGCAAGUGCAACGACCUCCAGAAGAUGCUAAUAGUGCGUUGUUUACGUCAAGACCGCAUUUCGUUCUGCAUCACGUCCUUCAUCGUCAAGCACCUUGGCCCUCAAUUUGUGGAGCCGCCCGUCCUCAACAUGCAGGAGGUUGUGGAUGAAUCCACCAGCUGUACUCCUCUGAUCUUCGUUCUGUCUCCUGGAGUGGAUCCCACAGGAGCCCUCCUGCAGCUGGCCGAGGCCUCUGGCAUGAGCAAACACUUCCACGCUCUCUCUCUGGGCCAGGGACAGGCGCUCAUCGCCAGGCGCAAGAUCGAGGAGGGAGUUAAAGAUGGUCACUGGGUGUUCCUCGCCAACUGCCACCUCUCUCUGUCCUGGAUGCCUGAGCUGGAUAAACUCAUUAAGGAGCUGCAGGUGCAGAAGCCUCACAGUAACUUCAGACUCUGGCUCAGCUCGUCUCCACACCCCCAGUUUCCCAUCACCAUCUUGCAGGCUGGCAUCAAGAUGACCACCGAACCACCAAAGGGUGUGAAAGCCAACAUGAAGCGUCUGUACCAGCUGGUGACCGACGCCCAGUUCAACCGCUGCUCCCGACCGACGCCCUACAAAAAGCUGCUCUUCUCCCUCUGCUUCUUCCACAGCGUCCUGCUGGAGCGCAAGAAGUUCGGGCAGAUGGGCUGGAACAUCGUCUACGGCUUCAACGACUCGGACUUUGAGGUGAGUGAGAAUCUGCUCUGUCUGUAUCUGGAUAAAUACAAGGAGAUUCCCUGGGACGCCCUCAAGUACCUUAUCGCCGACGUCAGCUACGGUGGUCACGUCACCGACGACUGGGACCGACGCCUUCUGACCACCUACAUCAACGACUACUUCUGUGACGCUGCCAUCAACCAGCCGCACUUCAAGUUAUCAGUUCUACCCACCUAUCAUAUACCCACCGAGGACUCCCACUCAGCGCACCAGAACCACAUCACCAAGCUGCCGUCCACCGAGCAUCCAGAGGUGUUCGGCCAGCACCCCAACGCUGACAUCGCAAGCCAGAUCGCCGAGAGCAGGACUCUGUUCGACACCCUGCUGUCCCUGCAGCCGCAGGUCACCAGCGCCACCACGGCAGGGACCAGGCCCAGCAGAGAGGACACGGUCCUAGAGCUGUUGGGAGACAUCCGGGGGAAGAUCCCAGCUCUGAUCGACUGCGACAGAACCAGGACCCUCCUGCAGGAAAAACCCUCGCCCCUCAACGUGGUCCUACUGCAGGAGAUCCAGAGAUACAACUCUCUCCUGGAAACCAUUGUCUCAUCCUUGGUGGAGCUGGAGAAGGGGAUCAAAGGCUUUGUGGUGAUGUCAUCGGGCAUGGAGGAGACCUUCAACUGCAUGUACGACGCUCGGGUGCCACCGCUGUGGGAGAAGGCGUACCCCUCUCUGAAGCCCCUGGCAGCGUGGACCCGAGAUCUCUGCCAACGAGUCGAUCAGUUCGCACGCUGGGCGAGGACGACGCAGCCCCCCGUCUUGUUCUGGCUGUCCGGCUUCACCUUGCCCAACGGUUUCCUCACCGCCGUGCUGCAGUCCACGGCUCGACAGAACAAAAUAUCUGUCGACACUCUGUCCUGGGAGUUUAUCGUGUCCACUGUUGAUGACACAAACCUCCUCACCCCGCCCAAGGACGGGGUGUAUAUUAAAGGUUUGUUCCUGGAGGGGGCAGGCUGGGACAAAGCGAACUCAUGUCUGGUGGAAGCUAAACACAUGCAGAUGGUCUGUCCCAUUCCCACCAUCUGCUUUAAACCAGUGGAAAACUGCAAGAACAUGUCUAAGAGUGCAUACUCGUGUCCGUGUUACUACUUCCCAGUGCGUGCUGGACGGGCCGGUCAGCCGUCUUUUGUUGUCGGCAUUGAACUCAAAUCUGGAGCUGCGACUCCACAUCACUGGAUCAAGAGAGGAACAGCUCUCCUCAUGAGCCUGGACAGCUGA